UCUCACUACACAACCCCGCUUGGAAGCUUCAUCUCCACCGGUGCGAUCUUCACCGGUCUUCUUCUUGCGCUCUGGUCUUUCUGUAGAUCGUUCGAGAUGACGGUGGCUGUGUGCCAUGUCAUGCCGGCGCUGGACGUCGCUCCUCCUCACACUCACACUCGCAUGCCGGCGCCGAUGACGCCCCCGCCGCGGCAGCUGGACAUGUGGAGCGCCAUCCAGGCCCCGGCCACCAAGCCCGAGCCGCCGGCGGUCAAGGCCAGGGCCGGCUACCCGAUGGCGACGGUGCGGCGGUCCAUGAGCCACGAGAGCCUGAGCCUCUGCACGGAGAGCCUCGGCUGCGAGACCGGCACCCGCGGCGACUUCCUCGACCUGGCGUCCCUCCUCUACGCGCCGCCACUGUCGUCCCACCAGAGCGAGGAUGCCGUCGCCCAAGAAGAAGAGCAGGAAGAGACGGCGGCCGGGGAGCUGAAGCUGAGCGCGGUGCAGUACCACCGCGCCCGGCCGCAGCGCGCGUUCCCGCCGCCGCUACCGUCCAUGUCGCGCCACCGCGGCGACGACGGCGGGCCGUGCUUGCGGGUGCGCCCGCACCGCCGUGACGGGCGCCUCGUGCUCGAGGCUGUGGCCGCGAAGCCCCAGGGGUACCUCCACGCGCAGCGCCAGGACGGCCGCCUCAAGCUCUGCUUCGUGGACUACUCUGCUUCGGACUCUGUCCUCGACCACCAGAAGCAGAGCAUGGUGCAACAGCAACAGCCAGGCCAAGAACAGAUGCUGCAAGAGAAGGAUGUUGAAGAAGUUGUCGACGACGAAGAAGAUGAAGUGGAGGAGGAGGGGGACGAGGUGGAGGUGGUGGACAGGGGAAUGAUGGUGGAGGUGGUGGCGGCGUCCGGCAAGGCGCAGCGGUGCUCCAGGAUCGUCAUCAACAAGUUCGUCGGCGGCGCUCCGGUCACCACCGACGACGUGAACACGAUCCCGUCCCCAUCGCGCAGCUUCAGAGCUACCGAGGACGAAUUAGCCGCUCCGACCGUGACGUCGGGGUUGCGCCGGGUGCCGUCGUCCACCACGACGCUGGCCGCCGCGGUGGCCGCCGCGUCCACUGGCAUGCAGUCCGACGAGGAGGACGAGGAAGAGGUUGAGGAGGAGAGCGCGUCGCUGCUGUUCACGUCGCGGGUGGGGGACAGGGAGGAGCUGAUGCAGAGCGUGCGGCGGUGCCGGCAGCUCCGGCAGAGGCCGCUCUUCAUCGUGGAGUCAUACUCCAUCAUCGCCGCCUGAUCAUUACUCCAAACUAAUCUUCAUCGCCGCCAAUUUUGUAUUGUACUGUAUUUGACAAUGAAUGAAUUUAUAUGAAA